ACCACGCCCCACUCCACACCAACAAAUACCCACUUCCCCACUACCUGCCAUCACUGCCUGGAACCACUGAGCAUCAGGAGGCAUGAGAAAGCUCCAGGGGGCAGUUGAGAAUGCUCUGAGGACCUGGUGGACAUUCUGGCAUGUGGAGUUUUGCAAGGUCCUUGCCCCUCUGCAGACUGCUUGGAUUGCCUUCUCCCAGCCUGUCCCAGCCAGCUGUGGACAGCUGCUUACUCAACUCCUCUUGUGUGGCUCCCUGGCUAUCAUCAUCACAGGUGUGGCCCACCACUGGCUGGUGUCCUCGCUGCAUUACCCUCUGGGGUCCUCGGUUCUGGUGGCAACUGCUUGUGGCCUCCUGGCCUUUCUGGGUCUGGGCAUGGUGCCCCCAGUACGCUGCCUGUUUGCAAUCAGUGUACCCACUCUGUGCACAGAGCAGGGCCACCGUCUGCUCCUGUCUUACAGCACUGCCACUCUGGCUGUGGCCAUGGUGCCCAAUGUCCUGGCUAAUAUGGGUGCUGUUGGCCAGGUGCUGAAGUGUAUUACUGAGGGCUCCCUGGAGAGUCUGCUCAACACCACCCACCAGCUGCACACAGCAGCCAGGGCUCUGCGCCCAACUGGUUAUACAGGCAGCCAGGGCCUGACACUCCAGGCCCAGGGCAAUGGUUCUGCCUUCCAGCUUCACAUGUUCCAGGCCACCCAGCAGGUUAUAGAGGAUUUCUCUGGUCUGGAGUCACUGGCAAGAGCAGCAGUGCUGGGCACCCAGAGGUUGGUCACAGUACUGUUUGUGCUGGGCCUCCUGGGCGACUCAGCCUGGUAUCUCUACCGCUACCUGACUGACCUUCAGUUUGAUAAUAUCUAUGCUACACGACAGCUGGCGCAGCAACUGGCAGAGGCCAGGUCUACACACCUGGUGGCUUCCCCACCAGCCUGGCUGCUCUGGGCCACUCGACCGAGGCUGUCCCGCAGGGAGUUGCUGAGCUGUCUGCUAAAGCUGGGGAUGCCCUUUCUACUCCUGAUGGCCACACUUAUGACAGUGGCCACAGACCACAUGACCUUUCUCCUGGCACAAGCAGCCGUGGAGUGGGCUCAGAAGCUGCCUGCUGUGCCCAUCACACUCAUGAUCAAGUACGAUGCUGCAUACACUGUCCUGGGCUUCAUCCCAUUCCUCUUCAACCAGCCACCUCCAGAGAGCCCUGUUCUCUCAAUAAACAAGUCCUUCCAGUGGGAGCUCAGCUUCAUUUCCCCACACUGCCCACUGCUACCUACCCAGCAACCCAACUUGGCUGCCCCACUUGCUGCAGGGUUCCUGCAGCUCCUGGCUUGUUUAACUGUCCUUCUGGAAACCUAUGCCCGACGCCUGCGGCACGCCAUUGCUGCUUCCUUCUUCAAAGAUCAGGAGGCAAGGAGGGUCCAACACCUCCGUGCUCGGCUCCAGAGAAGAUAUGACAGGUACCAUGCUGUUGGUAACUCCCAUCCUGCUCUGAACACUCAGGCCUUCCAGGAGGCACCCAACAUGGACAGACAGCCCAACUGCACGCUGAACACUGAAGAACAGAAAGCAACAGAUGUUGGAGAGGUUGUGGGGACAAAGGAGCCCUUCUGUACUGCUGGUGGAAAUGCCAAUUGGUCCAACCCCUGUGGAGAGCAGUCUGGAGAACUCUCAGAAGGCUAGAAGUGGACCUACCCUAUGACCCUGCAACUCCUCUCCUGGGGAUAUAUCCUAAGGAACCCAACACACCCAUCCAAAAAGAUCUGUGUACACAUAUGUUCUAACAGCACUAUUUGUAAUAGCCAAAACCUGGAAGCAACAAUAGAUGAGUGGCCAAGCAAGUUGUGGUAUAUAUACAUAAUUGAAUACUACUAAGCUAUUAAAAAUGGUGAUUUCACCUUCUUAACCCCAUCUUGGAUGGAGCUUAAAGGAAUCAUGUUAAAUGAGAUAAGUCAGAAACAAAAGGAUGAACAUGGGAUGAUCUCACUCAUAGAUAGGAUCAAAAGGGAAAACACUAAGCAGAACUUGGACUGGAGUUGGUGUAUUGCACCAAAAUAAAAGACUGGAUUGGGGUGUGUGUGUGUGGGGGGGCGGUUUCAGGCCCUGGAUCAUGAUGGCAGAGGAGGACCCAGUUGGGAUUUAAUUGUUAUGUGGAAAACUGGGAAAUGUUACACAUGUACAAACUAUUGUAUUUUACUGUUGUCUGUAAACCAUUAAUCACCCAAUAAAGAAAUUUAAAAAAAGAAAAGAAAAAAAGAAGAAAGCAGUAGGGCAUAGGGAAGAGGGAGUUUUAGAGUCACACACCCCUGAGUCAUAUACUUGACUCUUCUGUUGCCUUCCUGUGUGAUCUUGGGUAGAUGGCUUCACCUAGCUGAGUCACAAUUUCAACAUGUGCACAAUGAGUGCAUAUGUACAUUGACAGGGCUUACCUUCCCCUACAGGAAUGUGAUUUGGAUGGAAUGGG